AGUGGAACUUAAAAAAAAGGUACCACACAAGAAAAAAAUCGUUACAGAGUCGUUGCACAUUUCGGCACCGCACUUCUCUUAAAUCUGCUCGUCUCUUUGGAAAAUGCCACUAAACAUCACAGACUGUAAUACAUCACAUUUUAGAUAUCCACUUUUCACUUCCACCUACAGCAUUGUGCUGCUGUUUGGUUUUCCUCUGAACUCUGUGUCUCUUUGGAUACUGCUAUGUCGAAUUGGCUUGAAGAAAUCCGUUCCAGUGAUCUACAUGGCCAACCUGGCCUUAUCGGACCUUCUUUUCACGCUCUCCCUGCCCUUUCGGAUCAUCUACUUUGCCACAGGGCGAUGGACGAUGGGAAACGCUCUAUGCAUGAUUCCAGGCACCCUCUUUGCCAUCAACAUCUAUUCAAGCUCCUUGUUCAUCACGCUGAUCAGUGUGGACCGGAUGCUGGCCGUGGUGUAUCCCAUAAGAUCUCGGCCGCUCCGGACAGCACCGGUGGCCUGGGCGCUGAGUGUGACCGUGUGGGUGCUCAUCGCUGGAUUGGCAGUGCCGACUGCCAUUAACCACCCCGAAAAUGAGGACAAAGAAUGUAACGUUACACGUUGUUUUGAAAAAUACACACCUGACGAAUGGAAAAAAGGCUUCAUCAUCCUCUGCUGUACCACUUUCUUCGGUAUUUUAGUACCUUUCUGCAUCAUUCUGGGCUGUACGGUGGCAGUCGUGAAGCAGUUGAGAGGCUACAGCAUGACUUCCUCGUGCAACACCGAGCUGAGCAAAAGCAAGAUUGUGAAUCUCUUUCUAUCCAACUUGCUCAUCUAUGCUAUUUGUUUUAUCCCCUUUCACAUUGCUUUCAUCCUCUUAGGCCUGAGCAAAACUGAAAUCUUGCCUGGAGAUAAUUCUCUCGAAUUUUACUUUAACCUGCAAACUGUUACCAUGUGCAUGGCCAGCACCAACAGCUGUCUGGACCCCUUGAUCUACUACUUCAGCUCAAAGAGAAUACAAGGUAGGAGCAGAUGCGAUUCUUCGUCCAAAAGCAUCGGCCUCGGCCUGGUCCAGAGCAUGAGUUGGACGGGACAGUGAAGCAACAAAUGAUCACAAUAACUUAUGUUGUUGAGGUAAACAAGAGGAAAUGAUUACGCAAAAAGGCCAAGCCUAGAACCAAAAGCUGACUCACACAAGAGCAUGUUGCACAUCUCCGAUCAUGUGCAUCGCCUGAAAUCUUGCAAAUUUGAUUCGUUCGCUUGGCCGUCCUAAAGCUUGGUGGGUGAAAAGAGAAGAAAAUGCUGAAGUGGUUCUCUUACAGGAAUCAGUGCCUGCCAAUGUGACAUACUUUUUUUAGUGUGUUUUUGGAAAACUUGCAUUGUUGCACAUGUAGCAAAUCAUCAACAAAGCUGUAUUAUUGCUUUU